AUGGAGUCUUGGAACACAACAUCACAGUGUGCGUCUGCAAGCCACACGGAAUUCGUUGGAAGGUGCGUUUUGUUGCCGAUCAUAAUGUGCCUAUUGGCAGUGUUCAUCUGUGGAGGAAACAUGAUGACAAUACUAGCUGUGUACAGAAAUGUCCCGCUCCAGACGAAUCCCAACAUGUACGUCGUGUCUCUAGCCGUGGCCGAUCUGAUUGUGGGCGUCUACGUCUUCUUCGAUUCCUUCUGGUACAACGCGCUCACGGAAGACGAUAUCGCCCAUUGCACGUUAUGCAACUUGUCAAAUCUGUGCGCGUUUUACACCAGUCUGUUCGCAUCGAUGGUGAGUCUCGUUCUCAUAAGCGCGGAUCGCUUCCUCUACAUCUGCUACCCUUUCCAGUACGAAUAUCUGGUGACUCGGAGGAAAAUCCAAACCAUCAUCAUUGCCACGUGGAUUAUUUCCGUCACUCUCGGGACCUUCCCUAUCUACUUCGACUUCGAGUUCGACAUGUUGCCAGUCUGGUAUGAGAUAUACCUCGAGAAGACCAUAUUCGCUUCAGUGUUUGUAAUCACUCUCGUCUUGUACGCAGGGAUCGUGAAAACUGCCAGACGCCAGCUGAAGUCUAUUGAAGCUACGACUGUGGAUCCUGCACACAGCAGGUCAGUUGGGAAGAACUGGAAGGGAGUCCGCCUCAUGCUGCUCGUGUGUGGCGGAUUCUUUGUGUGUUGGUGUCCAUACCACCUCUGCAUUGUGAUCAGCCACGUGAGCUACGUCUCGGAGGACGUGCUGGAUGCGCUGUUUCCGCUAGGAAUCCUAAACUCCGGCGUCAACUUUGUCAUAUACGCCCUCAUGAACAGAGACUUCAGAGCGGCAUUCUACAGAAUAAUAUCUUCCGUACCAAGGUGUUGUCGAGAACAUGCGGUUUGA